AAAAUAACGCCUUGACAUCAUGCCAAUUGCUUGCUCAGCGCUUGGAUGCACAAAUCGAUUUAUUAAAGGCUCUGAGAUCCGCUUUUACAGAUUCCCUAUCAGCAAGCCCCAGUUAGCCGAGCAGUGGGUGCGAAGCCUUGGCAGAAAGAACUUUGCUCCAACUACCAACUCCUGUCUGUGCUCAGAGCACUUCCAGCCUGACUGCUUUCGUGAUUACAAUGGAAAACAGUUCUUGAGGGAGGACGCUGUGCCCACUAUUUUCACGAACUGGCCCAAGGCAGGGGGAGAUGGUGCUAAGAUCGAGUUACGUAAGAACAGAGGAUUGGGGACAAAAGAAGAAUCUAAUCGCCCUGCUUCAAUUUCAGAGGGAUCCAAACAAUUACCAAAGGAGAGGAGACAAACCACAAGAGAGACCAGCCUUAAGGGAAGAACCAUAAAUGAUGGCUACAAGAGACGUGGAGGGGCAAAACUCUCAUCUGGUGACAGACAAAGCAUGGCGGCUAAGAGCAAGGUGUACGACAGCCGCGGGCUCCUGAUCUCAUGUGGCCGGGACCUGUGCGACUGCCUGGACGUGGACUGCAUGGGAUGCUUCUACCCAUGCCCCCACUGUACCUCCCGCAAGUGUGGCGUGGAGUGUCGCUGCGACCGCAAGUGGCUGUAUGAGCAGGUGGAGGUGGAGGGUGGGGAGAUCAUCCGGAACAAGUUUGCUGGCUGACGGGGCGCUGAUGAUGUAGAGGCGUGUUUAGGGAGGGCGUGCUGACUGAGGACUAACUUCAAGAAUGUAAAUCUUGAGGUGCAACUCUCUUAGGUCAUCAAUUUAACCAUCUGGAUUAUACAAUGUCAACUUUUUUUGUUUUGUUUUGUUUUGUUUUAUUAUAGACUAAAAAGGUAUGAAGUGACUGUAAAGCCCAAAUGGUCAUCAAGGGACACCGAUGCUUUUUUCUAUUAUUGCUUGGACCUGAGCCAAGUUUCCCAAAGGUGUCUUGAAGCAAAGACCAUCAUAACAUGGUAGAGGGAAAUCACUUUAAUACUCUGCAUGUAAUGAGAUCUUAACACUAUGAUGCCAUUGGGAGUCUGUUAAUUCCUCAUCGUACUGGAUGGAUUUGGAUCUGGUCUUCCUGGCCUCACUUGCCUUUGAGCGAGAGCUGUUUCAUUGACAGUGAGGAGAUGAUUAUGCUUCAUUAUGUCCUUCAUACCUGAUAGACCAGCAGUUUGUAGUUUGUGAUUGCUCUUUUAAUGCCCAUUCAAACAUGCAGCAGUUACUGUGUUGUCCGGGUUGUAAAAUCUGCUUUGUAACAUUGAAUGUGAAGUUCAGGGGUUAUGCAUUCAGGGAAGCCCAGUGCUUUUUCACUGAAAUGUUUGUUCAUUAAAGUUUUUUGUUUCAUUAUUAUUA